UUGUAGUGGUGACGUGCAUGUCAUAAUAAAGUGUUCAGGCAAAGCAAAGAAGUAAAUAUUAUUUGCUUUAGUUGACCAUUAACAGGUCAAGAUGAAACUGAAGGAGAGUCAGAAGACAGCCAAUAUAGCCUGGUCACCGGCUACAGUCCAUCCAAUAUAUUUAGCAACAGGCACCGCCGCCCAGCAAUUGGAUUCAAGUUUUAGUACAUCCUGUUCAUUAGAGAUUCUUGGCUUAAAUGCCAAAAAUAAUAAUAAAGAAUUCGAAUCGAUCGUAAGUGUCCAGAGUGAGGAUAGGUUUUAUAAAUUAGUUUGGGGUAAUCAUGGCGACAGAAAAGGUGCCAUUGUUGGAGGUUGUGAAGCUGGAAAGAUUAAGGUUUAUGAUGCUGAAAAGUUGAUUAAUGGAGAGGAAGGACUUAUAGCAAAGCAAGAAAAGCAUACAGGGGCUGUUCGAGCUUUAGAUUUGAAUCCUUUUCAAACAAAUUUGCUGUCAUCAGGUGCUAGUGAAUCUGAAAUAUACAUUUGGGAUUUAAAUCAAACAGAUACACCAAUGUCUCCAGGAACAAAAACACAACCGAGUGAAGAUAUUGUUUCUUUAGCCUGGAACAGACAAGUACAACACAUUUUGGCAUCUUCAUUUCCUAGUCGUUGUGUAGUGUGGGAUUUAAGAAAAAAUGAACCGAUUAUUAAAUUAACUGAUAGCCAAUCACAUUUACGAUGGUCGUGUGUUUGUUGGCAUCCAGAAAUAGCUACACAAUUAGCCUUAUCAUCAGAAGAUGAUCAAAAUCCUGUAGUUCAAAUAUGGGAUCUCAGAUUUGCUACAUCGCCAUUAAAAGUAUUCCAGAAACAUUCUCGAGGUGUGUUAUCAUUGGCAUGGAGUCAACAAGAUCCAAGUAUAUUAUUGUCAUCCGGUAAAGACAAUAAACUCUGUAUUUGGGAUGCUAACAGUGAAGUUCCUGGAGGAGAACUUCUUUCAGAACAAUGUUUAUCUACGCAAUGGAAUUUUGCAGUAAGUUUAAGUCCACGAGAUCCUUCUCUAUUUGCUGUGUCAAGUUUUGAUGGAGCAAUAAGUGCUCACACUCUUAUGGGAGGCUCUUUUGUACAGGAAGUUCAGUCAACAAAAAAUAUUGCCGAUUCCUUUCCUGGCAUGGAUAAUUUCCAACAACAGCAAGCUGCAAAUCAGUUUAAUUCUGUGAAUAAUACUGUUGUUCAACAUUCAAGUGAUCCCUUAAAACCUCCAAAAUGGUUAAAGAAGAAAGCUGGUGCUAAGUUUGGGUUUGGAGGUAAACUUAUUUCAUAUACUUCUGAGCGACCAAAAACUGUAGAUGUGUCUCAAAUGGUAACGGAACCUGAGCUGGUGACUCGAUCUCAAGAUCUUGAAAGAUGUGUACAAAACAAUACUUUCUUAGAAUAUUGUCUUGAAAAGGCAGAUCGAACUCAAGAUCAAAACGAUAGAUAUUUAUGGUACUUCUUAAAGGCCAGAUUUGCACCUGACACCAGGGGUGAACUUUUGGAUUUAUUAGGAUACAAAACUGAUGAUGUUACACAAAAAUUAGGUCAACAUGUUCAAUUGAGCCAAACAAACCAAGUUGAUAAUCUUACAGAUCAGAUGGCAAAUCUCAGUCAAGGUGUUGAUGGUUCUGCUGCUUUUGAUGCUAUUGCAGCUGCCGGACAGAAAGAGAUUAUAAAGGAUCUUAAUACUCCUCCCUCCAUUCCAGUUAAAAUAAAUACUGGUGAUGAUGUCGAAGGUUUGAUAACAUUAGCUAUUUUAUCUGGCAAUAUUGAAGCAGCUGUCGAACUUUGUCUUGAUUGUGGUAGAAUGGCUGAUGCCAUAAUAAUUUCUAUCACAGGUGGCUCUGAGCUUCUUGCCAGAACCCAACAUCGAUAUCUGGAAUCUCAGGCAAAAACAAAAUCAGCUUUAUCGCAUUUAAUAUCUGGUUUAGUCACUGAAGAUUGGUCUCGCAUAGUGUCUGAAUCGGAUCUGGAUUCCUGGCGUGAGGUACUUGCUGUUAUUUUAAAGAAUUGUAAUGAAGAAGAUGCCUUCAAGGAAUAUUGCGAAACUUUAGCCCAUCGUUUAACAUCAGCUCAACGUUUUCAAGAGGCUGCACUCUGCCACGCGUGUGCUGGUGAUGCUGAUGCCCUUGCCAAACGUGUUACUAGUGGGGGAUCAGGUGAUGCUUGUGAUGUUAAUGCACUUAUGGACGCUGUUGAAUUGGUGACAGUAAUGCGGGCGUCUGCUGCUAUGCGUGGGCAGCAUCUUGAGCUUUCUCCAUCAACAAGUACAUUGUUGACACGGUACGCAAUGGAGUUGUCAACUCAGGGAUCUUUGGAAACAGCUCUAUCACAUCUUGGCCAAAAAUCCACUGUGCCAGCAGAGCAGACAGAAUUGGAUGAAUUGAGAGAUAGACUUUACUGUGCUUUAGGCCUAACUGAUCCUUAUAGAAAAAAUAUGCAAGUACAGCAAACCUCACAAAAUUCUAUGUACCAACAACAGAUGAGACAACCUAGCUAUUCUCAAGUAAACAGCAAUCAAACACCAAUGUUCAAUACUGGAUUACCUGGUCAAAUUCCAGUUUCCUCAAUGAUGCAACCACCUAAGCCAAUGAUGCCACCUACAAAUCCAAUAAUGGCAUCUUCCAAUCCAUUAAUGUCACCUCCAGCUAUGCCUCAAUCAAAUCCUAUGAUUCCAACACAAAGUUCUAUACUUUCUCCAUCGAGCAUGGCUAACCCAUUGUCCCAACCAUCAAUUCUUCAACCGGCUAGCACUCUUAUGCAACCUCCUCCAAGCACCGGCAUGAUGCCACAGCAACAGCAGCAACAACAGUUUGGUCAACCACCAAGUAAUGUUUUCCAACCCCCAUCUAUCGGUUCCACGAUGUUCCAAUCGCCUAAUUUACCACAGGCGCCGCAGCCUGUCCAACCACCGCCGAUGCAGCCUCCACCUAGACCUGUGAGUGUUGGAUCAUCUCAUGGAUCUGUUAGUGGUAGUUCUAGAAGUAAAUACAUCUUAGAUCCUUCUGUACAAUCAGGUGUUACCAAUCCAUAUGGUUCUGUAUAUAACAAUACAUCAUACAAUAGUCCAAUGCCUUCUAACUCAAUGUACAAUUCGCCUGUAAAUGCCAAUACAGUCACGAUGAGCACAAUGUCUGGUCAAUUCCAACAACCAGCAAGUCUUCUGAAUCCUAUUAGUUCUCAACCUCAACCAACAAAUGCCCUACUUAACCCUAUGUUGAAUUCACCACAAGGAGCAGGUUUUGUCAAUCAAUUCCAACCGCAAGCACCACCUCCUACUCAAAUGCCAAGUAGAGCAAACCCUACACCACCACCAGGUUGGAAUGAUCCACCCGUACUUAAUUCUACUAGGAGAUCAUCGUUAGAAGAAAUGUCAGCUCGCCAUGCUGGUACCAGAUGUUGGCUCAAAUCAAAAACUGAAAAGGGAAAGGAUGAUAGAAUAGAAAUUGACAAUUCUAAUUAUUUACACAGCGCAAAGCAUAUUCAUGCAGACCAUCAAGCAACAACUGCACCGAUUACACAUCCGCUGUUUGGCCAACAGCCACCUCAGCAGCAGCCGAUGAUGUUGAAUUCACAACAAAAUCAACAAAUGCCAAUGUUGAAUCCUCAGCAACAUCAACAACAGCAACAACAACAGUUCAUGAACCCUCAACAACAACACGCGCAAUUUAACACGGGGUUACCAAAUGCUCCUCCAGCCAUGAUGAAUCAAAACCAACAAUUUAAUCAGAAUUAUAACAAUGGAUAUGUUGAUAACUUAAAUAACCAAAUGCAACAGAAAGUUGCUACACCACCGGCUCCAGAGCCUGUUGAAAAGUUCCCCAUUCCAGAAGAGCAUAUUUAUCUUCAAGUUGUGCUAGAUGAACUUAGAAACAAAUGUGCUCAGCACGCUAAUAAUCCGCAAUUGAAACGAAAAUUGGAAGAUGUAUCUAAGAAGUUAGAGGCCUUAUACGAUAUGCUUAGAGAAAAUAGAUUAUCUGAUCAUACGCUUCAAGUUUUGCAUCAAAUGGUGCAAAUGAUUCAAAUAGGAGACUAUGCAGGUGGUUUAGGUUUGCAUACAGCCUUGGUUUCUGGUCCAGACUUUGCUCAAAUAGCAAAUUUCAUGCCGGGACUUAAAGUUUUAUUAUUAUCUGCAUCUCAAUUACAAGUUGUUCUUCGAUAACACGGAAAUUAACUUAACAAUUAAAACUAACAAGAUUAAUU